UUGGUCCGCGGGCACGCGGCGGUGUAGCUGCUCCGGCCCUCGCAUCACGGCUAAUAAUAGACCCUGACGACAGGCGCCGGUGGGCAGAGGCUCCCCCGAGUCACUGGCCGGGUCUGUCGCCGGUCUAAAAAUAGAGCGUGUAUAUAUACGCGCAUCGCGUCAGGCUAGCCGAUGGUACGAGACGCACCCCGGGCGCGGAGCGGAGCCACCGCAAAGAACAGGACUCGGCAACCGGCAGCAACAUGUCACAGCCAGGCGACGUGAAAAAGAAGAAGCGUCCGCCCAUGAAGGAGGAGGACCUGAAAGGAGCCCGCAGCAAACUGGGCCUGAAGGGCGAAGUCAAGAGUAAGACCUACGAGGUCAUGGCCGAAUGCGAGCGCAUGGGCAAAGUUGCGCCAUCGGUGUUUAGCAACGUCAGGACAGGGGCCGAGACGUCCCUGGACAAGCCCGCCGCCAAAGGCCCGGGAGCCAGCGUGUUCAACAAGUAGCGCCUCGUUUGCAGGAUUCGGUUCAGAGAAUGCGCCGUACAGUCAAGUCGCUGCUU